AUGGCGAUAGAGAACCAAGAGUCGCAACGUUCAAGUCAGACGACCUCCGACGAACUAUGCUUCGUCGUUCCUCCGACAUCCAGAUUAUUGAGACCACCACAAUCUACUGGUGCAACCAUCACCAUCGGUGGUAAAUACAAAGGUGAAACCCUAGAGUCGAAGAAGGAGAUGAAGAAGCCGAGAUUAGGGUCUUGGUGGGACGAAGCUGAAGUCGUCAACGAACUAAGUGUCGUGGUCAAUGGUUUACCGAAACCAAAGGACAAUGAUGAUGAACCAAGAGUAGAUCAUUCUUAUACUGAUGUUCUCCAGAAGAAGAAGGACGAUGAGAGAUCAUUCUCAUCGACUAGUCAUCAUGAGAGUAGUUUCAUUGAUUUGACCGAGGACGAGAGUGAAAACGGCGAUGGAAACGGACACGUGACGUUUGAGGAGUUGGGUGUUUGGGUGGAAGAUCUCAAGGCUUUGCCAUGGGAAGCGUUUGAUCCAACAUGGGAGAUUAGGUCAGAGGCAAUGGAUCCAUGGCUUGGUGGCUACAUCGAAGACAUGUUCUCUCCUAAUUCUUACAAUUAA